CCGCCGACCGCGAGACGAGACCACGCCGCCCACCCACUCGCCGCGGCAGUCGCCCUGUCCCCCAUCGCCUCUAGCUAGCAGCCCAGCACAGACCAUUCACAACUCCUUCCUCCGCUCAAGCUCCCCUUCCCCGCCGCGGCGCCCUCGUCGCCCAUGGCGUCUAGCUAGCAGUCCACCAGAGACCACUCACAACCCCUACGGCCGCGUCGCCGCCAAGCUCCCCCCCAGCUCUUUCAGGGUGCUAGUGGUCGCCCUGCGGCCGGACCCGAUUAGCGCCGACGGUGGAUCUUUGGCUGCUCUUGUGGCAGAGCGCGCCGCGCAGACAAGGUGCUCGACGAAUUGCCUGCUUGUUCUGGCUUCUGAGCUGAAGAAUGCAGCGAUGCUGCCGGGUCAUUGUGUCGCAGCCGCCUGUGCUCCGGCCACAUCAAGGGAACCGCGCCGCGUCAUGGUUCUGCACUGCAGGCUUCGAGCUGCCUGAAUGGUUCAGGAACCCAAAGAAGGACGGGGACUCCUUUGAUGAUGAUGACCAUGACGAAUUUGUGCUCCCGAUCAGGUCCAAUCCCGUGGAGGAACGUAUCCAUGGAGGCAGCUCCAAGCCUCUGUCGAUCCGCCCCGAGGCUGCUUCCCACGAGGACGCCGAGUUCGAGGCUGAUUUCGACGAAGCCAGCAGGAUCCUGACCUCUUGCUUUGCGUCUCCGGAGGCCAUCGUGAUAGCCAUGGACUGCUGCCCUGUCAGGGUAUCAGACCGCAUGGUCGACAAGAUCCUAAGGAGGUUUGGCAGCGAUUGGGUGGCUGCGUUCGGGUUCUUUAUGUGGGCCGGUGCUCAGGAAGGCUACUGCCACUCUGCUGAUUCAUACAACUCGAUGGUUGACAUACUAGGAAAGUUCAAGCAGUUUGAUUUGAUGUGGGGCUUGAUCACUCAGAUGGAUGAGAUUGGUGGUUUGGUGUCGCUGGCAACGAUGACAAAGGUGAUGAGGAGGCUCGCUGGGGCCAGCCGGUGGACCGAUGCCAUAGAUGCCUUCAACAAAAUGGACCGGUUUGGUGUUGUGAAAGACACCACAGCUAUGAAUGUGCUCCUAGACACGCUGUGCAAGGAGAGGAGCGUGAAGCGUGCGAGAGGUGCGUUCCAAGAGUUGAGGGGAUCGGUACCUCCCGACGAGAGUAGUUUCAACACGUUGGUCCAUGGGUGGUGCAAGGCGAGGAUGAUGAACGAAGCCCGUGAUACGAUGAAGGAGAUGGAGGAACAUGGCUUCAAGCCUUCAGUGAUAACUUACACCAGCCUGAUAGAAGCAUACUGCAUGGAGAAAGAUUUUCAGACGGCUUACGCCAUCCUAAACGAGAUGCGUUCGAAAGGAUGCCCUCCAAAUGUUAUCACAUACACGAUCGUGAUGCACGCUCUAGGGAAGGAUGGAAGAACGCAAGAAGCUUUGGAUAUAUUUGACAAGGUGAGGUGCGAUGGUUGUGCCCCAGACGCUUCCUUCUACAACUCUCUCAUCUACAUACUCAGCAGAGCAGGGAGACUGGAGGAUGCAAACUCCAUCGUCGAUAAGAUGUCCAGCACUGGAGUUCCCCCCACUGUUGCUACCUUCAACACCCUAAUUUCUGCUGCCUGUGACCACUCCCAGGCAGAGAAUGCCCUGAAGAUGCUGGUUAGGAUGGAGGAGCAGUCAUGCAAGCCUGACAUCAAGACGUACACCCCAUUGCUGAAGCUGUGCUGCAAAAGGCAAUGGAUAAAGGUACUUCGGUUCCUCAUAUGCCACAUGUUUAGAAAGGACAUCACUCCUGAUUUCAGCACCUAUACCUUGUUGGUAACCUGGCUGUGCCGAAACGGGAAGCCCGCCCAGUCUUGCCUGUUUUUGGAGGAGAUGGUGCUGAAGGGUUUUACGCCGAAGAAAGAAACGUUUGAUCUUGUGACAGAGAAGCUUGAUAAGGCGAAUCUCCAUUCAGCAAAGAAAAAGAUUCAACUUCUCACCCUGCGGGCAGCUGCUGUGAAGCACACUGGUUCCCCUUAUUUGAACAAGGAUGGUGCUGCUGGACAGCAUAGUGACAUACUGUCAAGCGCUUAUGGCUACGAACCUUAGGACAAAUGGGAAGGUACAAAAUCAGUAAUACAAGUUUGUCAUUCAACCUAUCCGUUCAUCGAAAUGGAAAAUCUUUUUUACACUGUCAUUGAUCUGUUACAAUUCUGUUGCUCUGCUACAUUUAACUAUAUCCGCAACACCGGAAAAGACGACCAGAAGUUCCAUAGCAGUACGGACAUUGGUCAAG